UUCAUCACUUCAAAUUCUCUUUCUUCUUCUUCUUAUUCUUCUUCUUCUUCUCUUACAUUUCUAGGGUUCUUCUAAGCUAAACUCCACCUCCACUACAUUCUCCUCCCCAAGGAAUCAAACCAUUACUUCAAUCCCUUUCUUCUCUCUCUUUUCAUAUCUCAAAAAACCCACCACUUUCAGAGGAAGCAACUUUGAGAGAAAGGAAAGGAAAAGAAAAAUGGUGAGGGGAAAAACCCAAAUGAAGCGCAUAGAGAAUGCUACAAGCCGGCAAGUGACCUUCUCAAAGCGGAGAAAUGGGCUGCUGAAGAAGGCCUUUGAGCUAUCAGUUCUUUGUGAUGCUGAAGUUGCUCUUAUCAUUUUCUCUCCAAGAGGCAAACUUUAUGAGUUUUCAAAUUGCAGUAUGAACAAGACAAUUGAUCGGUAUCAGAACAGAACCAAAGAAAUUAUGUGUACAAACAACCAAGGUUUAGAAGAUGUGCAGUUGGAGAAGGAAUUUGACUCAUUUACCAUGACUAAGAAGUUACAGCACCUUGAAGUCUGUAAAAGAAAAUUGAUGGGAGAUAGCUUGGAUUUGUGCUCCAUGGAAGAGUUGCAGCAGCUUGAAAGGCAAAUUGAAAGAAGCUUAACAAAAAUUAGGUCAAGAAAGUAUCAAUUACUGAAGGAAGAAAUUACGAAGCUGAAGGAAGAGGAGAAAAUGUUGCUGGAAGAAAAUGCAGCUCUCUUGAAAAAGGUUGGAAGUGAAUGGAAGCACCAAGAUGAGGCCAUGGAUGUUGAGACCCAACUGUUCAUAGGGCCAUCAGAUAGAAGAGGCGGCAGUGGCUUCCUGUGUAGAUAUCUUCACAAUCAACCCACUUAAUAAAGACACAAGCUUUGUGUUGAACCCCAAAAAAAGGUGAGUUUUUUACAUGCAGUAUUAACACUAAAAGUGAAACCAAAAAAAUUGGUUUCUGAUAAAAUGUUUGAUUAAAUACUGUUACGAGGAAUCAAACUAUCUGUAUAUUUAGGAAGUGUUCCUUGUCGGAUAAUGUUGUUUUGUACUUGGUUUUUCCAUGUGGUUUCAGUGCAUAACAUGUUUGUGUU